AUGGCCAGUGCAGAUGCAGACCAUUAUCACCCUACCCAAGACACCACCACCACCAACAAUAUCACUGAUCCCAUUUCUUCUUCCACCACCACCACCACCACCAGUGAAAACACCACCACCACCACCACCAACAGUAAUAGUAAUAGCAAUAGUAGAAAAUACAAAGGCAAAGGAGGUCCUGACAACAAUAAGUUCAAGUACAGAGGAGUGAGGCAACGGAGUUGGGGCAAAUGGGUUGCCGAGAUCAGAGAGCCCAGAAAGCGGACUCGCCGCUGGCUCGGCACCUUCGCUACCGCCGAGGACGCUGCUCGUGCCUACGAUCGUGCUGCCAUUAUGCUCUACGGUUCUAAGGCCCAACUCAAUCUCCAACCCUCCGACGCUGGUGGUUCAUCUUCCCAAUCCUCCUCCACUCGCGUUGGCUCUUCGUCUUCCACCCAAACCCUCCGCCCCUUGCUCCCUCGUCCCUCCGGCUUCGGCCUCACUUAUCCCUCUUCUUCCAUUCUCCCAUCUCCGCCGUCAACCGCCGCCACCUACCUACCCUACGGCGUCUACUCCUCCGUACAGUACCCUAAUAAUACCCUACAGAAUCCACAUCAACUACCUCAACCGUACGGCCCGUACGAUUUCAGUUUUAAGGUUGUUGAACCCACCGCCACCGCCGCUUCAUCAUCGUCUACUUAUCCGAACCCUAAUGAUCAUCAUCAUCAUAAUUAUCAUCAUGAUCAGCAGCAUCAGCAGCAGCACCAGGAUCAGCAAGUUUAUUGGUACGAUGAAAUGAACUCGCUUGUGGGUUCGGUUGGGUCGAGCUUUUCUCUGUCUUCUCAGCCUGUGGUUGCACCGGUGGUGUCAGAUCCGCCGGCAUCGGUGGGGAUUGGAUCUGCUGCGAUGUGGCCGGCUACAAGCUACGAUGAGUACCCGACGUCUGGUAUAUGGGACUAUGGUGAUCCUUUCUUUGAUUUUUGA